AUGGCCGCCGAUAUCCCACCAUUCAACAGCUCAUUCGAGUACCGGAGCACGCUUUCGCCCAACCCGCAAUGGACUUAUGGUACGAAGGUGGCGGAUACGCCUGUGGGGAAGGCGUGGCUGGAGGGAGAGAAGGAUGGAUGGAAGGUGGUGGACACCGCAACGGAGGACAAGCUAAAGCUGUACCAGCUCAUGAUAAGCGGGAUUGUCCCUCGUCCGAUCGCAUUCGUCUCGACGGUGUCAGAGAGCGGGGUCGAGAAUCUCGCACCGUUCAGCUGGUUUAACAUGGUCUCGCAUUAUCCGCCCCUCGUUUCUAUCUCCUGCAGCGAUGGUCCGCAGCGUCUCAAGGACACGGCGGGCAAUAUCAAGGCCACCAAGGCCUUCACUGUGAACAUUAUCAGUGAACCCUUCGUCGAGGCCGCGAACGUCACCUCGGUAGAUGCACCCGAGGGCGUGAGCGAGUGGCCAAUCAGCGGGUUGACCAAGGAGAAGAGUAUCCACGUAAAGCCCCCGCGCGUGAAGGAGAGCGCGUUCAGCAUGGAAUGCGAGCUCUUCCAAACGAUCGACGUCGCGGAUCCGGAAAGUGGCGCACACACGACGACGCUGAUUCUCGGGCACGUCAAGUACAUCCACGUGCGCAAGGACAUAUUGAACGAGCGCGGGAACGUCGAUCCCGCAAAGUUGAAGCCCGUCGGGCGCAUGGGCGACAUCUCGUACUCGCGCGUCGGCGAGGGGUUCAGGAUCGCGCGGCCGGUGUGGGCGAACGAACAGGAGACGAUCAAGAAGGCGAUCGAGCGGGAGGAAUGA